AUGAAACCGAGUUUCAUUUCAUUAAAGGAGAAAGAUACAGAAAAGAUCAAGUGGAGGAAAGGUCUUUCUAGUUAUUUGCAGAGGGUUUAUGGGUCUAGUUGGAGUCAAUUUUACAAUGAAAAGUUGGCAAAAGAUUUCGAUCACUUAAGAGACACUUCGAAUAGUGAUUUAGCUGCUGAAUCCUUAUUGGAACAAAACUGUAAGUAUUAUGCCUAUUUGGAGCAUUUAUAUCUUCGUAAUGGAAAUGCUAAUAUGAAGAUAAAUUCUAACUUUGUGUGGUAUGAAGCUGGUUAUAACACUGCAUUGGGUUCUGAAAGUUUUACUCAGCAUAGUAUUAUAUUUGAAAAAGCGUGUACUCUGUUCAAUAUUGCAGUUUUAUUAACUAAAGUAGCUGAUGAGAUUGUAAAUGAUGAUUAUAAAACCGCUGUUGCUGAUCUUUCAAAGGCUGUAGGUUGCUUUGAAUAUAUAUCAGAGAAUUUUUUGAAUUCACCUUCUAUCGAUUUACAAGCUGAUAAUACAAAAUUUCUAGCUUCAUUAUGCCAUGCAGAAGCCCAAGAAUUAUUUUUAUUGAAGUUGUUAAAUGGUCCAGAUCCAAAAAAACAGGCAUCAUUGAUAAGUAAACUAUCUAUGGCUACCGCGAAACUUUAUGAAUCAUGUCAUAAUCAAGUUAAAAAUCCAGGAUUAAAAGUAAAAUCAUACGGUUUACCAUCAUGGGCUACUGACAUCAAUUUUAAAUACCAUUUUUAUGAGUCAGUAACAGCAUACUAUCAUGCGAUUGCAUUGGAAAAUCAACAAAAGUUUGGGGAAGCUAUUGGGUUUGUGAAUUUGGCCUACAACUGUGCAACAUCAGCCAUCCCAUUUAGAGCCCAUUUAAAGGACUCGUUUGAUGUUGAUACCUUCAGGACUACCGUUGAUGAAUACAGAACCCAAUUAAUGAGAGAUAAUGAUUAUAUUUACCAUGAUAUUAUCGUGCAAAACGUUCAAUUAGAAACUGUUAAAUCAAUGGAUGCGAUUAAGGUAGUAUCUUGGGAUAACCAGUUAGAACCAUUCAUGAAGGAGGUUGAAGAAAAGUGUGAUGUUUUAUUCAAGGGAAUUGUUUCAAUUGAUGUUUAUGAGAAGGAAAGUAUAUAUUCAGAAGCAAAGGCUAAUAUUCUGAGGAGAGAAAAUGAAGCUGCAGAAAUGGCAGACUUAUCAUAUACCUCAUUCAUAGAAUUUACUAACUUGCCAAGUCUUUUGAACGAUUUAUCUAAUAGUUACAAAUCGGGAUCUUUCCAUAAUAGAGAUGAAUCACAAGCUAACCUUAUGAGACCGCAAAUUGAGUCAUGGGCCCAAUUGGUUAAAAAUAGUCCAUAUAAAAACAUUGAGGAACAAAUGAGUAUUAUUCUAAACAAGAGAAAUGGGAUUUUACAGCAAUUACAGCAUCUGCCAGAGUCUGAGAGGGAAAAUGCGGUUAAAUUAAAGAGCUCAUUAAUCGAAGCAUCACAAUCGGAUGAGAAGAUAUUUGGUUUGAUUAAACCAUACGCAGAGGAUAUUGCCAUCCUUUUAAAUACAGACAAACUGUGGGCAGUAUUCAAUGGUUUUAAUCAAAAUACUGAUACUACCGAGAGUUUGUUAGACAUUGAUGAUACUGAGAAUGAAAAGGUCAUUCAAAAAAUCAAGUAUCUACAAGAAUUGGCGGAGAAAUUAAGAUUAUUAAAAGAGGAAAGAGGAAGAAACUUGGAUGAAUUAAAACAAAACAUUAACGAGGAUGAUAUUACUAGUCUAAUUAUUAAGAACAACAGUUUAAGUGAAAGCGAACUUAAGCGUCUAUUUGAUGCCGAAUUAGAAAAGUUUGAUCCUUUGAGCACCAGGAUUGAGGCCACUAUAUUUAAACAAUCAUCGAUUAUUAAUGAAAUUAAGAUUGAACUCGAUAAUAUAUUUAAGUUAUCAGGUUUUCAUGACAAAACCAGUAAAGAAAAGGAAAUAUCUGAAAAGAGAGGAAAAUUUUUUGAAAGAUUGAGAGACGCAAUGUCGAAUUUUUCUAUCUUUACGACAUCUAUAUCCAAAGGUCUUCAAUUUUAUGAAUCAUUACAGAAAAUGGUUUCCCAUUUACAAAACAUUUCAAAAUCCAGCACUAAACAAAAUGUGUUUUCCUCGCCAACAAUUGAUUCACCACCACCAUUGCAACCCAGACCUAGUGAAUUAGUUAGUGGCAUGAGAGACUUGAAUAUAUCAUCAAAUGCAAAUGCUCAACCAAUGACAGUUCCUAUUACUGCUCAAGCUCCAGUUUCGAUGUCUAUCCCAGUCCCUGCUCCAGCUUCGUCAUAUUCAAAUGCACCUCCACCAUACAACGUAACUAAUCAGCAUUCAUCCUUGUCCCAAAGACCUGCUCCACAGAUUCCAGUAAGUACUGCAUCUCCAGCCGUACCAUCAGGCUUAAAUCAACCACCAUUACCACCAAAGAAUCCCGUUGCUGAAGUAUCACCGGGAGUGAUAAUUGAUGGCCAGGAAAGGAAUGUCAGACAGAAUCCAACUGCAUUUUACAACAAUCCAUCUGUGUUUGAUGAAAAUAUGUAUUCUAAAUUCAGUCGCUAG